AUGCCAGUUUUCGACCCACUGAACAGCGAUUAUUCAAGUAAAUUGCUCACGGCGAUCGGAAGAAAGUUGUACUUGAACUCUAAACUGGCCGAUGUUCACUUUGUUUUCGGAGCAAAUGAUCACAACGAACGAGUGCCGGCCCAUAAAGCUCACUUGAUGGCUGGCAGCGAUGUCUUCGCCACAAUGUUCAAUGGAUCGUGGAAGGAGAAAGAUGAGGUUGAGAUCGCGUACGCAUCUGCUGCUGUUUUCAAGGAAUUUCUUCAAUUCUUCUACUUCGGGCAAGUCAAACUGACGAUGGAAAACGUCGCCGCAGUGAUGAACCUCGGUGAAAUGUACAACGUAGCCGAGUGCUUGACGGUGUGCAGCAAGUUUCUAAAGAAUAAUCUCAACGAUGACAACGUCUGUCGCCACUAUGAAUUGGCAAUCUUGUCCAAUCAGAAGAGCUUGAAAAAGGCAUGUGAAACAUUUAUUGGAUCGAAUAUCAAAGCAGUACUCAAGUCCACCGACUUCCUGACAUGUGAUCAGAAGAUGUUGGCUCAAAUACUGCAGCUGGAUUGGAUGCUGUGCUCAGAGGUUGAGCUCUUUGAGGCGUGUAUGUCGUGA